UUGAAAACACCCGUUCGAUGGUCGUCACCAGAAGCACUGGGGAACGAGGGUAUGGUAAAUUCAAAGAGCGAUGUCUGGCAAUUCGGCAUUUUAUCCUACGAAGUCUUCACUCACGGAGCCACACCAUAUGAACACUACAAGGACAAAGAUGAUGCCGGCAGGGCUAUUCAAAGAGGUGAAACUCUCGAAAGACCUUCCCUAUGUCCAGAAGAGUACUACGCACUUAUGACAGACUGUUGGCAACUCAGUCAAGACUCUCGUCCAACCUUUAGAGAAGUGAAGAGAAAGUUGGAGGAAUUAAUUGAAUUCAUAGAUGGUAGAUAUGAUUCUGACUGGGCCAAUCAUUUUUAG